UCUUUUUUUUUCUUUUAAUCAAAAAAAGAUUAAAAACAAAAAUGUAGGUAAUUUUCUAAUUUUUCUGCCCCAACAAAAGAGCUUUGCUGCAGAGCACAGUAAAUCCACCAUAAUCAGAUUUAAGGUUUAUUCCCAGUCGACAGCGCAGUGACAGCAGCUCUCAUUGGCCACCUGUUGCCAAAUGUUUCUGCAGCGACUUGUUGCCGUUUGUCUGAAAAGCAAACAGCACAGAUUCCCUUGUUCUCGUAGACGGAGCACCAACUAAUCAUCUGUCAUCCUCUCAGGUACAAAUUCAUAUCCGACAGACGGUAGGAGACAAUUGUGGGUUACUUUGUGUUGCUGUGAGCUUAUUAUAAAAAGGUUUAAUUGCCCAUAAAGGUACAAAAAGAAAAUUUCCCAGACAAUUUAAUUGAUUUCUCAUCUAGAAAAAGCUUGAGAUCAUAAAGUUUGUUUUUAUGUGUUUCUUAUCUUAAUUUUCUCUUUUUUUAAAUCAGAUCUACGUUGUUAAAUCCGGAUGUCUGACUCAGUCAUCAUAGUUAUGAACAGAGCAGCAGACUUCUGGUAAAGCUGGCGGUUUCCAUCUCUUCUUCUUCUACUCUGAAAACAUGGCUUGGUUGACGGUGCCUGUCGACCUGCUUUCCAAAUGUCUUGGCCCAUUCACCGAUGUGUGGCUGACUCUUGUGUUUGGCUUCCUAAUUGUGCCGGCUGUAUUUGGAUUUCCUUUUGGGAUCCAUAAAUACUACGUGAGGAUACUUCUCAGUAUAUUUGAGUGGACAACAUUACAAAUGGAGCUAAAGGCAAAAGAGAAGAAUCAUCAACUCUACAAACACUAUACCAAUGGUAUCAUAGUCAAAGUCCCAGAUUCAACUUUGAAGCAGGAAAUUCAAGAUCUACGACAUAGUGCUGGUUGUCCGAGUCUGGAGCCACGGUUUGAACUGGCUGAUGUUUUCUUCUUCUGUCGGAAAGCCUUGGAGAACAUUAUAGAUGAUGACGUGACCAAGCGCUUCUCGGCCCUGAAGUUGGAAAACUGGAACUUGCUCACCAGGAGCAACCACAACUUCUGCUAUAUAAGUCUAAAACUUUUAGCCCUGUGGAUUCUGGGAGUUUUAAUCCGCUAUGGUGUACUGCUCCCUUUCAGGUCAGAGAGGCAAAGAAGUAGGUUUAGAAUACAUUUUUUUACCUGUCUUAAAUUACCAUUUUAUUUUGUGUUUUGCAGAGUAACUGUGGCUAUCACAGGUAUUUUUCUGUUUAUUGUUUUAAGUACCGUGGUGGGAUUAAUACCCUGCACAAAGUUGAGAACCUACCUUAGUGACAAGGUGCAUCUGAUGGGUUAUCGCCUCUGUGUUAGAGCUCUGACUGGAAUCAUCACCUAUCACAACAGGAAAAACAAACCAAAGAAUGACGGCAUCUGCGUGGCCAAUCACACGACACCAGUAGAUGGGAUCAUCCUGGCCAAUGACCAUUGCUACUCUUUGGUUGGGCAGUUACACGGAGGCUUGCUGGGAAUGAUCCAGAGAGCCAUGGCAAAGUCCUCUCCUCAUAUAUGGUUUGAGCGAGCUGAAGUCAAAGACAGACGCCUAGUGGCCAAAAGGCUCAGGGAUCAUGUUGCAGAUGAAAACAAACAUCCUGUCCUCAUCUUCCCUGAAGGUUCUUGUGUCAACAACACAUCAGUGAUGAUGUUUAGGAAGGGGAGCUUUGAAAUCGGCUGCACCAUCUACCCUGCCGCCAUUAAGUAUGAUCCUCGCUUUGGAGACGCUUUUUGGAACAGCAGUAAAUUUGGUUUGGUGGGAUACCUUCUGAGGAUGAUGAGCAGCUGGGCCAUCGUCUGCAGCGUUUGGUACUUGCCACCAAUGAACAGGAAGGAAGGAGAGGACGCCAUGCAGUUCGCCAAUCGAGUAAAAGCUGCCAUAGCUGCCCAGGGAGGGCUAGUGGACCUCAUAUGGGAUGCCGGACUGAAACGAACCAAAGUGAAGGAUACUUUUAAAGAAGACCAACAGCAGCUUUACAGCAAAAUACUUCUGGGUGACCAUGAAAACCACAACCUCCCCGAAAGCUGAUGUCCAGACAGGAGACAAAGAAGAAAACCAGUAUAGUUACAGGCUAUUAUCUUCUGUUUAGUAAUUCAACACAUGGUGGUAAAACUCAUUAACAAACAAUGAAGGUUGCGUCUUCAAGUCUUUCAAAUAAAAUUGGUUCCGGGUCAGAAAAUUUGAAGAGUUGUUAACUUUAAAGGUCAGACUAUUACAUAGUAAGUCUAUUUUGUUCUCAAAUCUCUCUGAUGAUUUAUUAGGAAAUCACAUUCUGUGACCCAGUGAAAUCCUAAUUUAGCAGAACCUUAUAGAUGCAGCGACUGCAGACGUUACAUAACUGAGACUAUAGAGCUGCCAGCAUUUGUAAGUCAAUUUACUAAUUGGCUCAAGACUCUGUUCGUCUGCAGCUUUAAUCUUUUGCACAUAACGAAGGUGAAACACAUUGUUAGUUUGAUAGCUGUGGGUUUAUUAUUUCACUGGACAUUUCUGGUUUAUUUUAACUGAGCCUCAUUGUAUUGUUUUACAACUGGAAUCUGUUGAAAUUAUGUACUUGACUUUAAAUUUGUCUGUAUGAUUAGACUGAAUUGUCCUUUUUUUUUGUAAAGUGCCUUGAGAUGUUAUCGCUACAAACAUAAAACUGAACUGAAUUGUCAAAUUUCAAUAAGUGUUUUCCUCUUGUUUGCCUCCCUCUAACAGCAGGAGUCACUAUUUCACAAAAACAGCAAAUCUACAUCUGAACUAAAUACAUUUUCUAUGUAUAUCAUUUUGAGGAUGAGGAAGCCUAAUGGAUGCAAAAGAAGAAGCAGAAACUCAGUUCUGUAACGAGUAUGGAGGUCCAAAACGAAAAACAUGGAGACACAGGUGAAGCCUCACUGCUCAUUAGGACUGAAGGUUCUGCACUUGCCUUUUUAGGCAAGGGGCAAAAACACAGAAUAUAUGUAAAAAUGCUAAAACAAAUUUUAAAAAAGAAUGUGACCUGUCAUUGUUUGACAGGUUGAACAUUCAGAGAUGAUAUCAAGUACUUUCUA